AUGGAAACUGACACCGGGUCGCCGGUAUGCGUAAUACCCUGGGACGCGUACAACAGGCACCGCGAACAGUGGCCCAAAAUCAAGAAGACAGACUUGAAGUUGUCCUGCUACCUGGGACCGCUGCCUAUCGCUGGUAAGCUCACGCUGCCAAUUUCCUACGAGGGCAAGACACUGACUGCCUCCAUGACCGUAGUUCGUCAUUCAGGGCCUUGUUUAUGUGGUCGCGACCUUAUUCGAGCCCUGAACAACCUGGGUGCUCCUGUUCUAAGCCUGAGCAGUGCCAGCAGACGAGAUGACAAAGAGCUGGAAGCAAUUUUGUCUGAGUAUGAAGACGUCUUUGAGCAAGAACUGGGCCUGUUCAAGGUUCCGCCUGUUCACCUCUACGUGAAAGGAGAAGCAGUUCCAAAAUUUUUCAAGGCGAGACCUCUGUCGUAUGCAUUGCGAGACAAGGUUACGGAAGAGCUGGAAAGGCUAGUGAAGUCUGGCGUGCUUUCUCCUGUCGCUCACUCUGAAUGGGCUACGCCAAUUGUGCCGGUGCUGAAGAAAGACGGAUCUGUCAGGAUCUGCGGCGACUACAAGGUCACCGUAAAUGCAGCAUGCGUCACUGAACACUAUCCGCUUCCAGUCAUCGAUGACAUUUUUGCAGCAUUGCACAAGGGAGACGUCUAUAGCACCUUACACUUACGGGACGCCUACAACCAGAUUCCAUUGGAUGACGAGUCAAAGAAGUUGACCACCAUCAGUACCCACAAAGGCUUGUUUUGCUUCAACCGCUUACCUUUUGGGGUGUCGUCCGCACCGGCUAUCUUUCAGCGCACUAUGGAAAAUUUGCUUGGUGGUCUAAGUGGCGUACAAGCAUAUUUAGACGACGUCCUGGUGGCAGAAGGGAAAGCAGACAGCGGAAGCAAUCUCAAAGCUGUGCUCCAGCGCUUCCGUGAAUGUGGCGUAAAAAUACGGAAGGAUAAAUGUUCCUUCAGAAAGACGGAAGUAUCGUAUCUGGGACACAAAAUCACAAGUGACGGACUUCAUCCACUGGAGAAGAACAUGGAAGCUGUGAUGAGAGCACCAAGUCCAAGGAACGUGAGUGAACUACGUUCUUACAUUGGUCUGCUCACUUAUUACAGCAAGUUCCUCCCGUGCAUGGCAACAACGCUUGCUCCAUUAUACGACCUUCUGAAGAAGGAUUGCCGGUGGAAGUGGACUUCAAGUCAGCAACAGGCAUUUGAACAAUCUAAGGAAGACCUGCGACAUGCCAAAAUGCUCAUGCACUUUGACCCAACCCAGCCGUAG